CCUUCUGAUUUCUAACUACUCUAGUACACCAACAGAUGUAGUUAGAAGGAAUUUCUGUUGCAUGAGAAGCAUUUCAAACCAAAAGUACGUUAAUAUGGCGUCAGCACAUGUACAAAGAACAUUUCACGUAUCGCGAGCACAUCAUUCUUUUGCUUGAAAAAUUGGCUUUUGUGUGCAGUGGUAAUUCAAAACCAUUUAUUCGUGGCUUGAGUUGCAUUAUAUCUGUCACGAUGAGUGACAAAAAAGUGUACAAGGGCAAAAAAGGCACGAAAACAUCGUACCCAACGCGGCGUCGGAGCAGCGCAUCAAAACGACCGAUGAAUAGAUUCGAGGCUGAAGGCGAUUCAGCAGGCGUCAGUGCUUCUGCCAGAAAAUUACAAAUGAAUAAUGACGAUAUUGACGUAAAAAGCGAAUUUGGCUACAGGAUUAUUAAUUUUUUUGCCGUAUUUUCUGUUAUUUCACAACACGUGAAGUGUAAAACGUGUGAUUCAAACAUAAUCUUUCAUGAGACGAGUGCUCGAGGCUUAGGCUUCAAAAUAGUUAUUUCUUGCCCUAAAUGCCCAAGAGUUGAAAUUCCAAAUAGUAAAUUUAUACGAAAUGGAUACGAAAUUAAUCGUCGAAUAGUACUAGUAAUGCGACUAUUAGGAGUGGGACUAAAUGGAAUCAUCAAGUUUUGUGCAUUUAUGGAAAUGCCACGACCGAUAUUUCAAUCUUUUUACGACAAAAUAGUGGAUAUGAUUUCGAUUGCUACGGCCACCGUACGAGACAUUAGUAUGAAGAAAGCAGCAGAAGAAGAAAAAAAGAUGAGCGAAGAAAAUGGGCAAUUGGCAGGGAUAACAGUUUCUGGUGAUGGUUCGUGGAGGAAACGUGGAUAUUCGUCGCUUUUCGGAAUCACGUCAUUGAUUGGAUGGUUCACUGGCAAAAUCGUCGACGUUGAGGUGAAGUCCAAAUAUUGCAAAUCUUGCGAGCAUUGGAAGAGUAAAUUAGAAACAGUUGAGUAUGAAGAAUGGCUCAAAACACACGUUGAUGAAUGUCAAGCAAAUCAUGAAGGUUCGUCUGGUAAGAUGGAGGUAGACGCCGUCGUCGAAAUGUUUCAACGUUCCGAAACUUUACAUGGCAUGAAAUAUGCAAACUAUGUCGGCGACGGUGAUAGCAAAACCUUCAAGGGUAUACUGGAGAAACAUCCAUACGAAAAUUUUGAAGUGAAAAAGAAAGAGUGCAUUGAUCACGUGCAAAAGAGAAUGGGCACUCGUUUGCGAAAUGUAAAAGGCCUCGGAGGAAAAGGUAAAUUAACUGCUAAAUUAAUUGACGAGCUUACAAUAUAUUAUGGUUUAGCGAUACGGCGGAAUCCAAACUCCGUGAAAAAUAUGAAAAAUGAUAUUUGGGCAACCUUAUUUCAUAAAAUGUCAACCGAUGAAAAUCCGCAACACGAGAAGUGCUCGGAGUCUUGGUGCGACUGGAAAAAGGCACAAGCAGCAAAUUCCUUGGCUACUUACCAUCAUAAGCCGCCACUACCGAAGGAAAUUUUUGAAGCUAUCAAACCUAUUUACGAGGAGCUGAGCCGUGAUGAUUUGCUAAAUCGUUGCUUGGGAGGCUACACUCAAAAUAGCAACGAAAGUUUCAAUGCUGCUGUAUGGAACUUGGCGCCAAAAUCUUACUCAAGCGGCAAAAAAGUAUUAUGUGCAGCAACUGAUAUUGCUGUGUGCACCUUCAAUGACGGUUUGACUAACAUUUUACGAAUUAUGCAAGUUUUGGAGAUGGAUAUCGGCUACCAAGCAUACAAUUUUUGCCUUGAAGCCAAUGCGACAAGGAUCGAGCACUCCGAGCGGGCUUUGACAGAUGCAGCAAAGAAGGCACGCACCAGCACAAAAUCGUCGCGGAAAGAAAAUGAGGAACAAUACUUGAGCAAAGAAGGGAUGCUUUACGGUCCUGGGAUAGCAGACUAAUGAUAAAUCUCUACGAUGGUUCUGCUGCGUGCCGCAAACCCCUAAAAAAUAAACACGUCUCACGACAGUGGCUAUAGCGUCGCCAUUUUUUAAUAUUUUUUAAUAAAAAAAUUUUUACAAACACUUAAAAA